UAAACUAUGGCAUCCCCUACACACAUACAUGUAACUUACUUUACGUUGACAUCACUGUCACUUUAAUUGAAAUAAACAAAACAGUCUUGUACUGCACGUAAACGGAAUAACACAUGGCGCAGCCGGAUAAGGAAUGAAAACACGGAGUGGGGCUGAAUUGAAGCAAGAUAAAAGCGAAGACAGCACGGACGACGAAGGUGAUGACUUCAAAAUGGCCAAUAGUAGCAGCACUUAUGGUAGUUUGGACGUGAGACGCCCUGAUCCCCUAAAGUUUGAUGGUAAUGUUGCAGAGCAAUGGCGUGUUUUCAAACAAAAUUUUGAUAUAUACGCCAUAGCCAUUGAUUUGGAAGAAAGAAAAGAACAGCAAAAAGUUGGAAUAUUUCUCAAUGCGUGUGGUCCAGAAACAAUUGAAAUUUUUAACACUUUUGGACUUACAGUGGAACAGAAGAAGAAUUAUGAUGCAGUUUUUGCGGCAGUUGAAAAUUACUGCACGCCAAAAAAAAAUGAGGUGUAUGAAGCUUUUAGAUUCAAUUCGCGGAAGCAGGAGGAGGGGGAGCCAUUCGAAUCGUAUUUGCUUGACUUGCGCAAAAGAGUGAAACAUUGUGGGUAUACGGACAUGGAUAGAAUGAUUCGAGACAACAUUGUUAUUGGGACAAACAGUCAAAAGCUGCAGAAAAAACUCUUAGAAACAGAAAAUUUGACUUUGAGCAGAGCCAUUGAAAUCGCGCGCGCUGCUGAGCUAGUGGACAAAUAUACAAAUGAAAUGCAACAACAAAGCAAAUGCACAACAGUGAAUGCAAUAAGAUCACACAAACAAAUUUCGCAAAAUAGCGGUGCGCGCAAUACAAUAGAAAAUACUAAAAGUUUGAGCAAAGAAAAUGUACGAGUUAAGCAUAAUUCAAGACAAAGUGCUAAUUGUAAAUUUUGUAAAGGGGUUCAUGAGUUUGGCAAAUGCCCAGCCUUCGGGAAAAAAUGCAACAACUGCGGUCGUUUAAAUCAUUUUAGCGUUGCGUGUUAUAGCUCACAAGUUCACGAAAUAAAAGAGAGUGACGAAAAAAGGGAAAGUGGCGAUGAUAUUGUUUUGCAUAAUAUUGAAGACUUAUCAGUGGGUCGGAAAAGAUGGUAUGAAAAAAUCAGAGUGAAUGAUUGCCUCAUAAAUUUUAAGUUGGAUACGGGUGCCGACGUUAAUAUUUUGCCUUACAAGUAUUUUAUAAAAUACAUGAAAAAUACGAUGCUCUAUGAAGGUGGUUUGCCACCACGCAGUUAUAGUGGAGCUGAGUUGGAUUACAAAGGUGUAAUUCAAUGUUUAGUGAUGUGCCGAAAUGAAAUAAAGACUUUACAAUUCACGGUUGUUGAUACACCAUACGAACCUUUGUUAGGACUAUCAGCGUGUGAGCAGCUUAAUCUUAUAAAGCGUGUAAACGUCAUUCGUGAAGCAACAAGGGAUGAAUUUAUACGAAACUAUAGAGAUGUUUUUGAAGGCACGGGAUGUUUUGUGACGAACUUGGAUAUCCAGGUAAAGAAAAAUUCGGUUCCGGUGGUAAAACCAGCAAGGAGAAUCCCACAGUCGUUAGCAGAAAAAGUCAAAAAUGAGUUACACAAAAUGGUAGAAAAUGGAAUAAUUGAACGCAUGGAUGGUCCUAUUGAACGUGCCUCUAAUCUUGUAGUUGUUGAGAAGAAAUCAGGUAAACUUCGUUUGUGCAUAGACCCGCAAGAUUUAAAUGCAGACAUUUUAUCGGAAAAUCAUACGAUUCCAUCAUUUGAAUCUAUAUCGGAAAAUUUUUAUACAUCGCUGAUCUGUUGUCUCGAUACUUUGAUGAGGACAAUAACGCGCCCGAUAUUGAAGAUCUUAACGAAUUCGUCCAUUCAUUAAACAUCACCGACGAACGCCUAAACAGUUUUCGAAUCGAGAUAGAAAAAGAUAAGCAUUUAACGCAGUUGAAACAAGUUUUAAUAAAUGGCUGGCC